AUGUGGUCUACUGUACUCAACACUGUGCUUGCAUGGACAAAAUCCUCAAGAUGGAGAAGAGACACCAAGUGCAAGAGGCUGACAGAGCAACUUCAGGUUCAUCUAGCUGCACAAAAACUUAGGAGAGAGUCAAUGAUAAGACAAUCACGUGCCAAUAUUGCUCAACUCCUUCAGAAUGGCCGACCUCAGCAAGCUAUGACUAGGGUCCAGCUACUCUACAAGGACCAGUGCCUAAUGGCUGCAUAUGAUCAGAUCAACCAAUUAUGUGAAUGUAUCAUCACCAAUAUGCCCCACGUUAGACAGCAAUGCACCUGGCAAUGCUUGCCUAUUGAUGUCAGCCAGGCGAUAUCAAACCUAAUAUUUGCUGCCUCAAGAUGUGGUGACCUGCCAGAGCUACAAAUGCUGCGAAACCUGUUCAAGAUUCGUUACGGCAUCAAAUUUGAGACUACCAAUGUUGAAUUAUUGCCUGGAAAUCUUGUGGAUUCUAGGAUGAAAGAGAACUUAUCUGUGAAUUCAGUGCCAGAGAAUGUAAAGCUAAGUUUAAUAAACGGAAUUGCUGAUGAGUACAACAUUCAUCUGGGGUUUCAGGGUUUUGGGCGAAGUUUCAGACCACAGUGGCAGGAGAAAGCUGAAGUUUUGGAUCUGGACAUCCAAGAUAUUUGGAGUGACAGCGAUGAGGGUUCCAUCCCGGCUUCAAAAUUCAGGACACCACCAAAAACUGGGUCACAUUAUGAUGAUUUGAACUGCAUUAGUUCAGAUAGUUUGGGUAGAAGUCAUAUCAACAGUAAGAGAAAUGAAGUUUUGAUCGGAAAUCUUGAAGCAUCAGUGACUAGUCCUUCAUCUUGUGGCACUCUUCCGAUUCAUGAGAAAUCCUAUAUCUAUCUUGGCGACUUGGAAGUGAAGUCUUGGAAGCGAAGUUACAGCAACUGUAAGAAAGCUCCCAGAAGUGUGAUGGACUCCUGUCAUAGCAGUGCAAGCCCUAGCAGUGUCAGUAAUGUGACAAAAAGGCCAGCCAAGCCAAGGUUAGGUGCGAAACCUGUACCUCCUCCCUCUAGCAAUGACCGUUUCCAAAUUCCAGUCAAAGAUCGACGUUCUUUCGAUAGUUCAAUCGAUGAAUGGAAAGUGCAUAAUGGAAGCUUAUCAAGCCAUGUCCAUCCAAAGCUCCCAAACUAUGAAGAUGUAGUAGCUAAAUUUACAGAUAUCAAGGCAGAAUAUAGGCACCGCAAAAGCUUCUAUUAUUGA